UUAAGAAGCCUCACAUCCAUCUCUCUAUCUCUCUCUCUCUCUCUCUCUCUCUCUCUCUCUCUCGUCCACAUUUGAGCUAAACAUGAGUGGGUUGAGCUUCAGAAGCCUCGCAUUCAUGCUUUUCAUGGCCUUUUUAGUUUGGUCAUCGAACUUCGAAGCUUGCAAUGCUAGAAGAGGCAGGCAUUGGAGGCACAGCAGAGCUACCUCAGCUUCUCUGGCUAAGAAGAAAGGAAAGAAUCACGGCAAGGGUAAUUACCACCACAGUGGAGGAUCAAAGCCAAAAUCUCCACCUUCCAAAGCUCCCUCACCUCCAAAUCCUAAACCAAAAGAAGAUCUCCCCUCAAGCCCGCCGCAGAAAGGUUCCAAUGGCGGGCAUUCUGUCACUUUUAACGUGCUAGAUUUUGGUGCCAAGGGUGAUGGUAGCACCGUUGACACGCAGGCAUUCCAAGCUGCAUGGGCAGCUGCUUGCAAGGUGGAGGCAUCAAAGGUAAUCGUUCCAUCAGCAUCCGUAUUCCUCGUGGGACCCAUUUCAUUCUCUGGUCCAUACUGCCAACCAAACAUUGUAUUUCAGCUGGACGGGACGAUCAUAGCUCCAACAAACUCCAAAGCUUGGGGCGGAGGUAUGUUUCAAUGGCUUGAGUUCACAAAGCUGAGAGGAAUUACCAUUCAGGGAAAAGGUGUGAUUGAUGGAAGAGGCUCAGUCUGGUGGCAAGACUCCCCUUUUGAUGAUCCUGUUGAUGACGAAUCAAAACUGAUUAUCCCAUUAAAUAGCACUAUUGAAAAGAACCCACCAAUGCCGAUAACAAGCCAGCUUGGGAGGACAAUGCCAAGCAUCAAGCCAACUGCACUGAGGUUCUAUGGGAGUUUUAAUGUGACGGUCACAGGCAUAACAAUUCAAAGUAGUCCCCAGUUCCACCUCAAGUUUGACAACUGCAUGGGAGUGUUGGUCCAUGAUAUAAGCAUCUCAUCUCCUGGUGACAGUCCCAACACGGAUGGAAUCCAUCUCCAGAACUCCAAAGAUGUUCUAAUUUACAGCUGCAAUCUCGCCUGUGGAGAUGACUGUAUUUCUAUACAAACUGGAUGCUCAAAUGUAUACGUACACAAUAUCAACUGUGGGCCAGGACAUGGAAUCAGCAUUGGAAGUCUUGGAAAGGAUGGCACCAAAGCAUGUGUCUCAAACAUCACUAUCCGGGAUGUCAUUAUGCACAACACAAUGACUGGUGUCAGAAUCAAGACAUGGCAGGGAGGAUCAGGCUCUGUGCAGGGGGUACUGUUCUCAAACAUUCAAGUUUCCGAAGUUCAACUCCCAAUUGUGAUCGACCAAUACUAUUGUGACAAAAGCACCUGCAAGAACCAAACAUCAGCUGUUGCCCUAUCAGGAAUCAACUAUGAGAGGAUAAGGGGGACAUACACAGUUAAGCCCGUUCACUUUGCCUGCAGCGACAGUCUACCAUGUGUAGAUGUGACACUAACUGCCAUACAGCUAAAACCACUGCAAGAGCAAUACCACAUGUAUAAUCCCUUCUGCUGGCAGACUUUUGGAGAGUUGAGGACUCCCACUUUGCCACCGAUAGAUUGUGUACAGAUUGGCAAGCCACCGAACAACCGGGUUCAAUCCGAUUAUGAUCUCUGUUGAGCUCAAAAUUAUUAAUCAAUGAUAUAGUCGCUUGUGUGGUCGGCAUGACUGCCAGACCCCUUUUACACCAUCAGCUAGUUAGGUAAAGCAUGUAUAUUAAUAUUAUGACAGUCCUAUUUUAUUUAUAGGAAUUCUUCUCUAGCAAGGUUGUAUGGAUUGCGAUUGUGAUAGAGUAUACAGGCAUAAGGCAUUGCUUUU